AAGACCCGGAAGCGCUGAUCAGAGUCCCAGAUUGCACAGUUCAGGGACUGUGGGCCGUUUCCCUGUCAGGUUUUGCUUUUGUAACGUGUUCAGAGCCACGGCCUGCAGACAUGUCGGCCGUUAGGCUGAUGAGGGCCAUCAGGGUGAGCCAGUUCGGGGCUCCGUCAGUCCUCCAGCUGUGCCCAGAUGUGGCUGUCCCGCAGCCCGCUCAGGGACAGGUUCUGAUCCGUGUCCACGCCUGUGGGGUGAACCCUGUGGAGACCUACAUCCGCUCUGGAGCCUAUUCCCGGAAGCCGGCUCUGCCCUACACGCCGGGGUCUGAUGUAGCCGGAGUGGUGGAGGCCGUUGGAGAGGGAGUCAGCGUGGUCAAGGAGCUUGUUGUGGCUUUGGCCCCUCCCAAAAACAUCCUGAGUGUUUUCCAGCCGGGCGACCGUGUGUUCACCACGGCAACCGAGUCCGGAGGCUAUGCAGAGUAUGCAGUAGCAGCAGAGGACAGCGUCCACCGGCUGCCCGGAGCUCUGGACUUCACACAGGGGGCGGCCAUCGGCAUACCGUACUUCACCGCCUACAGAGCUCUGGUUCAUAAAGCUCACGCCAGAGCUGGAGAGACCGUCCUCAUCCAUGGAGCCAGCGGGGGGGUGGGGGUUGCUGCCUGCCAGCUGUCCCGGGCUCUGGGCCUCCGGGUGCUGGGGACGGCGGGGACUCCGGGGGGGAUGCAGCUGGCUCUGGACAACGGAGCCCACAGGGCCUUCAACCACCGAGAGGAGGGCUACACCGACCAAAUCAUGGAGGCCACCGGGGGCCGCGGAGUGGACGUGAUCGUGGAGAUGCUGUCCAACGUGAACCUGAGCAGCGACCUGCAGAUGCUGGCACUCUCCGGGCGGGUGGCGGUUGUUGGCUCCAGAGGCCCCGUAGAGAUCAAUCCCCGGGACACCAUGGCCAAAGAGAGCUGCAUCAUGGGAGUGGCCCUCUUCUUUGCCACGCCGGGUGAGAAACAGGAGUGUGCGGCGCUGGUUGCCGCGGGGAUGGAGGCGGGCUGGCUGCGUCCGGCGGUGGGCUCCAGGUAUCCGCUGGGGGAGGCCGCCCGGGCCCACCACGACAUCAUCCAGUCAGCCGGGGCUGCUGGGAAAGUGGUCCUGCUCAUGGAGUAGCCUCGGCUGCAGCCUGGAGGAGCCUCCCACAUCCAAGUCGGCCAUUUUGAUUAGGUCAUGUGACUAG